GGUUUCAACUAUUUAAGAAUCUCUCUCUCUCUGUGUGUGUGGGUCAGUCCAACCCCUUCUCACCUUCCACCAUCUGCAUGCGGCAAAGAUAAUUUCUCUCUUCUCCUUUACAAAUAGAACUCGUGAAUCCUUUCACAGUGGAGCCCUGUCCAUGGAAGGAGAAGCCCCACCGCCGUUGCCACCACUGCCACCCUCCCACAUUAAUCCAUCUUACUUCUUCACACCUUCAUCGGCGCUUGGAUCCACCUUAUUGCACCCACCACCACCACCUACUCCUCUUCCAAUUCUACUGCAUCAGCCUCACCAACAGGAUUCCCAAAUCAUACCCGACAUAGACUGGGUUAGCCUCCUCUCCGGUUCGUUAGGAUUUGGCGAACAGAAGCCAUUAUUGGCGAGUGCAGCUGUAACAACUGGAAACCAAAUCGAAGAAGAAAAGGGUGGUAAAGAUAAGGCAAGAGCGAGCAGGACUAAGAAAGCAAGUCGGCCGAGGCUUGCGUUCCAGACGCGGAGUACAGAGGAUAUCCUUGACGAUGGUUUCCGCUGGAGAAAAUACGGCCAGAAAGCUGUCAAGAACAGCAGCUAUCCCAGAAGCUAUUAUCGCUGCACACAUCACACAUGCAACGUGAAGAAGCAAGUUCAACGACUAUCAAAGGACACGAGCAUUGUCGUGACAACUUACGAAGGCAUCCACAACCACCCAUGUGAAAAACUAAUGGAGAGCUUAAGCCCUUUUCUGAAGCAGAUGCAGUUCUUCACGAGGUUCUAAGCCUAUAUGAAGAAUACAAACUAAAACUGCUAUAAACUGUGGUCAUGUCAGUGUAAAUAUACAUGGAAAAAAAAAUCUAUGCUGGUUAAUAUCACUGUGGUAAACCUUUUAUCUUCUGCAGCCGUAUCUAUAUAUGCCAUCAAAAGGCAAAUCCUGUCUAUCUUACCCAAUAGAAAACCUGGCUAGCACUUGAGAUAAAGAAAACUGGGUUCAUCAGCUCCAUUUGGUUCACUUUGUUUCAAAUAUCAGUACUUGAUGUUAUAUUGCAAUAUUAUGGGGAUGGGCCUCGCUAUAAACCGAUAUACUUACUCUUAA